CUUCCCCCUCCUGUUUUUCUUGCCAGUGCCGGUACUCUUUCUCCUAGCUCUCUCUCUCCCUCUCUCUCUCUUUCGCUGUCUUUCUCGCUUUCUACCGCAGACCAUGCUCUCCAUUUUCCCCUCAUUCUUUGCCUCUGUCUCCUUCAGGUGUCCAUUCAUCGGACACUCUUUUCCUUUUUCUUCAAACCUAAGCUCCCGCUUCAGAACACAGAUAACAGUUGUUUUGUUUUUUUUAAAAAAAAGGCUAAUUAGAAGUCGACUUCUGACUUGGAAAAAAAGACAAAAAAUGACUGCAGAAGAAAAGAAAAAAAAACACUGUUCAGGAAAGGACAAGCGGUUUGUGGCAUUCAAUCUAACACAGGGACAAUCCACGGCCUGUAUUUUGUCAUGGGGCGCCACGCGUAGUGUGCGUGAAGCGUCUGCGUGAUGGUGCCUUCGUACAUGAGGGCAUAACCAGAAGCUAAGACUGGCAGGCUGAAGAAAAAGAAGGGGAAGAAAAGGCGAGCUCGUUGCGGUCGGUCUCCAGUGAAAAUGCCCAGUGUCACGGUGAAAGAUGUCAACCAGCAGGAGUUUGUCAGGGCUCUGUCAGCUUUCCUCAAAAAGUCUGGCAAACUGAAAGUCCCAGAAUGGGUUGACACCGUGAAGCUUGCCAGGCAUAAGGAGCUGGCUCCCUGUGAUGACAACUGGUUUUACACCAGAGCAGCAUCCACAGCUCGUCACCUGUACCUGCGAGGAGGGGUCGGAGUGGGCUCCAUGAUCAAGGUCUACGGAGGGCGUCAGAGGAACGGCGUAUGCCCGGCGCACUUUAGCGUAGGCUCCAGGAACGUGGCGAGGAAGGUACUCCAGGCUCUGGAGGGCCUCAAGAUGGUGGAAAAGGACCCAAAUGGUGGACGGAGACUUACCCCUCAGGGCCAGAGAGAUCUGGAUAGGAUCGCUGGUCAGGUUGCCUCGGCAAACAAGAAACAGCGAAGUUUACAAAGCGCCAUCUGAGGAAUGCAUGCAAAGAAUCCAGACAAGUGAAUUGCAGAAAUGCCUUACUGCUUAUUUACUCAAGUUUGCUUGUCUCCCAUAUCACUCCAGUGGCCACAGUAACCGAGUGCAAAAGGCAUUUCAUAGAGAUGCAUGUGUCUAUAGCACAGUAAGUAUAAAUUAGAUAUUAUACGUGGAUGCUUUGCAACAGUUUGUUUUGUCUUCACAUAAUGAAUUACAGCAGUGGCCUUGAC